ACGACUGGUUUGUUUGCGUUUUGGUCAAAUUAAAAUUAACAAAUUUUUCUGUGUUUCGAUCGCCGAGAUGGACGAAAGGUGUCGAUUAUGUUUAGUGGAAAUCAAGAAGCAUUCCAAAUCCAUCGAGGAUAAUGGUUUUCAGCAGAGGGUGGCGAUCGUUUUCAAUUUCCCGAUCCUGUCGCAGGAACCUUUGCCCGUGCUCGUCUGUGGGGAAUGUGAUUCAAAGGUGACCGAGUAUUAUGACUUCCACCAGGAAGUAAGAGAGAAUCAAGAAAAACUGUGGAACAACAGCGACGGCUUCGUGGAGGAACUGGUUCCCGAACAGGAAGAGCAAGAGGAAUGCUUCGAAACGGUGAAGCUAGAAUCAGAGCAACCCAUCGAGUGUAGUUCGCUCAACGACACAUGUGACGAAGAGCUUCUUAGCGAGGAUCUGAUCGUUAAAGAGGAACCCACCGACGAGGAGCAGUUUCUGGACUCUGAAAUGGCUGAAGAGACUUUCGAAGCCACCGAUAGCACCGAUCCGGAUGAAAGGACCGACACCGAAACGGAGGAUGCCGAGGAUGACCCGAUAUCGCCGCACGAACCAACGAAAAAUCGGCCCAGACGGAGCGCCGUGGUACGUAAGUUGCCUCGCAGACCGAAGGAGAAAACCGGAAAGCCAACGGUGCGCAGAACCAAGGAAGCGUUCGAAGAGCAGAACCGACGACUGCAGGAGUUUUACACGAUGAAGUGUGAGUUGUGUGGCGAGAAGAUGAACUGCUUUACGUCGUUGAAGGGCCACUACCAACGACAGCACAAGACUAAGGGAUACAUCACCUGCUGCGGUCGCACGUUCCAUAGCCGAUACCGCCUGCUGGAGCAUUUGUCGUAUCAUGUCGGUUCGAGCAUGGUACGGUGUGAUGUCUGCAACAAGAGCUUCAGCACCCGCAGCUAUCUGCAGGUGCACAAGAGCCGCGUGCACGGCCGGGAAGAAGAUCGCCCGUACAAAUGCAACCAGUGCCACCAGUCGUACACCUCCGAGUGCCACCUGAAGGCGCACAUGGUAUCGCACGUGCGUGUGUCCUGUGACAUCUGCCACAAGGAGCUGGCCAGCAGCCUAUCGCUGCGCGUCCAUAUGGUCAACAUUCACGGUAAUCGUGAGAAGCUAAUAUGCGACAGCUGCGGAAAGGAGUUCCGGACUCGGCAGGCCUUUGACCGGCACGUCAAUCUGCACAUGGGUAUCGACCAAACGGAGCACGUGCAGUGCUCGCUGUGCUCCAAGUGGCUCGGCAGUAAACGGGCCCUGAAGGUACACAUCCAGCUCACACACAACGAGGCUGGCCUAACGUUCAAGUGCGAUCUGUGCCCGCACGAAAGUCCCAACAGUCGGGCCAUGGCCAACCAUAAGCAGCGCGUGCACGUCGACGAGCGGUUCGAGUGUGAUGUAUGCGGCAAACGAUUCAAACGGCAGCUCUACCUGAAGGAACAUAUUGCACUGCACACGGGAAAACCGCUUUACUCCUGCGAAAUCUGUGGCGCAACCUUCAACUCGAACGCGAACAAGUAUUCGCACCGGAAAAACAAACAUCCCGUCGAAUGGGAGGCGCUCCGGAAACCGCAAAUCCAGCAAGCCAGCAGUGGAUGAGUAGCCGACUCGGGGCAGAACAGAAGAGCCUACUGUGAACCACCAGGUUGCUCUAUAGCUAAAAAUAUAUCAACAUGACGCUAAUGUUACUGAAAAAAA